UACAGUAUUUGAGGGGUCUAAAAGCAAAACCGCCUCUUUGCAUAAAAUUCACAAAAUCAAAUAUUUGUAUGCGUGAAAAGACACGUUCGGGCUAAACAAAUGUGAAAUAACAUUUUGGGCCAUAAGCGCCUCUAAACAGUAUUAAAUUGCAGUCAAAAUCGUCGGUAAAAUGCAAAAGCGCCUGUUUGAAGACUAAUAUCAGGUGCAAACGCGCCACUGUUGAAUUGAGCCAAUGAGAUGCGAAUAUAGCGCCAUACUGUCAUGGCGGCCGUGAUCGAGUUUCUGUGAACACGCUUAGAUUUCCAGAACCAGUUUUUAUUAAUUUUCGAGUGCUUAUGGAGGUUAACAUCACACCAGUGGCUCCAAAUAGAGCCAGAAAAAGGAUAAGGGACCCUGCGCAUUGGAAACGCAACAUAAAAAAACGUGAAAGGUAUAUGCCGAAGAAUCUACCAAAUUUAUCCAUCUCUUGUACACAUAAGAGCAAGUUAAUGAACUGCUCCAAACUAACAUCCCAAGAUCUCAGAAAGUUUCGCGAGGCCUUUUACUCUAAACCAGAGAAAAACUUUCAAGACAACUUUAUACUUAAAUAUAUGAAGGUAAAGGUACCAUCCCGGAAGAAGCGUGGUGAGCGCAAGAGAGGUGAAUUGAUAUGUCACACUAGACUUUACAUUCGACAGUUCCAAAAACCCUAUACAAUAAUGCAAGUAUGUCAAAAAUUAUUUAAAAGAGUAUUAAGCAUUACGGAACAUAGAAUCCGUACAAUUGCUAAAAAUUAUUAUACUUCUGGCAAACCUCCUCAGGAGAAUCGUGGUGGAGACCGAACAUCCAUCAAAAAUGUGGGUAAAAAAACGGCAGUUAUGCAGUUCAUAGAAUCUUUUAAAUGUAUUGAGUCCCACUACUGUCGCUCGGCUACCUCUGUACGUAAAUAUGUUCCAUCGGAACUCAAUAUUCGUAAAAUGUGGCGAAUGUACAACCAAAAAUGCGACGAGCACUUAAAAGUUCGGCAAUGUUUCUUUAGAAAUAUAUUUAAUAGAUCUUACAACAUUGGCUUUGUUACCCCAAGGGUAGACGUAUGCUCGAAAUGUUUAUCAUUUACAGAGAGAAUCAAACAUGAACAGGACUCUACAAAAAAGGCCCAUUUAAUAGGUGAACUAAGGCUGCAUAAAUUGAAGGCGAAAUGCUUUCACAGGUUUUUGAAGGAGUACGAUCCUAGCAGAUUGACCAUUAGUUUUGAUUGUCAAAAAAAUCAGGUGCUACCGAAAGUGCCUGAUCAGUCGGCAUACUAUAGUCGCCAACUGUACAUCUAUAAUUUUACAAUAGUAAAAGGAAACGAGACUCAGAACAUUUCCAAAGAAAAUGUUUACAUAAAUUGUUGGACUGAAAACACGCACAGAAAAUCGUCUAACGAAAUUGCAUCAGCUUUAUAUUUUUUUCUUAAAAAUUGUAACUUGGAAGGCAAAAAAGUUCUAAGAUUAAUGGGAGAUGGCUGUGGCUCUCAAAAUAAAAAUAGUACCAUGAUUGCCAUGCUCUCAUAUUGGCUAGUAAAUGAAGCUCACAGAAACCUUAAAACAAUAGAGCUGAUAUUUCCAGUGCCCGGGCACUCAUUUUUGCCCGCGGAUAGGGUAUUUGGAUUAAUAGAAAAAGAAGUAAAGAACAUGGAACAGAUAAUACACCCACAGUCCUAUAUAGAUAUAUAUGAGAAAUAUGGGCAAGUCACAAAGCUCGGUAUGGAUUGUUCUGUUUUUAAUUGGAAAGAAUUGGGAAUGAAUACACUUAAGCGGCCAGGUGAAUAUCAUUUCCAAUUUCUGCCCUGUAAACGUUUUUAUCUGAAGAGAGUUAAAAAUAACCCCCAACGAUGCUUGUUAAAAGGUGAAGUUAAUUACAAUACUGACCUAGGAGCCUACAAGUCUGUCAUUAAAAAAAAUAAAAGUUUGUACAAAGCUUCAGUUCCUUUAGUAGAAGCAGGAAAAGUCAAAGUGAGUGCACUCAAAAUUGGAGAUGUAAAGAAUUUAUUAAAAAGCCAUUUUGGUGAAAAUUGGGAAACCCAGUAUGGCGAUGAACUAAACUUUUACACAAAUAUCAUAACGAAAAAUACUGAUGAUACUGAAAAUGCAAAUGUUCUCGAUGGUGAUACGGAAAAUGAAAAUCACGAUCUUUGUAAUUAUUAUCCCGAAGAAAUUGGAUUAAGCGUUUAAUAUAUUUUUAUAUUCUCUUUUUUAUUAUUUCAACAAAAUGUUUAUAAUAUUAGAAUGUUUCUGUCUUUUUUUUAAUAAAUACUUGAAUUUCUUACUUUUACACUUUUUUUAUUUUUGUCAAUAUUUAUUAGCAUGCUAGUAACAUCUUGCAUAAUGAUGUCAUAAUAAUUUGUCAGAUACAAAAGCGCCCCUUUCAUAUUUAGUGAGCUGCAAAUCCGCCUACAAUUUCGACUUAGAUGCAAAAACGCCUCUUUUAAGUUUUAUUUUAGAAAUUUGACGAAAACAAAGCUUAUUUGGGUGGAUAUGAGGUCAAAUUUUAAAUAAUGUUACUGCCAUCAACAGCUCUAUUGACGUUUGACUUCAUUAGUUUGCCUGCAAAGAAAGAUAUGCGUUUUUCGUUAGUAUUGGAAAAACGUCAACUACGCAAAGUGGCGGGUUUGCUUUUAGACCCCUCAUUU